AGAUAUUUCUGUGAUAAUUUUUUCUUUAUCCAUAUUACGUGUAAUCGUUAGUUAUCAAUUAUGAUAGAGAAGCGUGAUAACAAUUUAAAAUAUCUAUAAUUGUUAAAAUAUAUACGCCCGUUGUGCGAUAUGGUUAACGAAAUAGUUAAAAUCAUAUGCUAUCGAUUGAGAGUCUGAUUGGUUAAGCCAGUAUUUAAUGCAAGCAUGGCCGCUUUGCCGUCACCUACGCAGGUGGCUGGAAGCCAUAGCGCAAUCUAUGAAGCUUAUUAUAAUCAGGUGGAUCCAAAUGGAUUUGGACAAAUUGAAGCAAUGGAUGCUGCAAGAUUUCUUAAGAAAUCUCAGCUUAGUGAUGUUAUUCUAAGUAAAAUAUGGGAUAUGGCUGAUCCACAAUCACGUGGUUUCUUAGAUAAAUCUGGCCUCUUUGUUGCUUUGAAAUUAUGCGCACUAGCUCAGACAGGAAAAGACUUAAAUAUGUCUAAUUUAAGUCUUGAAUUGCCACCACCAAAAAUGGGAGAUAUUCCAAUUCCACAAAAGACUAUCACUAAUGCUCUGCCAGUAAUAACAUCUGUCAAUAAUGGAGAUUGGUCAAUUAAUCCUACAGAACGGGCAAAAUAUGAUCAACUUUUUGAUAGUUUACAGCCAUCCAAUGGAUAUAUAUCUGGACAUAAAGUAAAAGGUGUUCUUAUGGAUAGCAAACUUCCAUUAGAUACUCUUGGAAAAAUUUGGGAUUUGGCAGAUAUGGACAAGGAUGGUAUGCUGGAUAGACAUGAAUUUGUAGUUGCUAUGCAUCUUGUAUAUAAAGCAUUGGAAAAAUAUGCGAUACCAAAUGUACUUCCACCAGAAUUAAUGCCACUUGGUAAAAGAAAAGAUAUAAUUCCUAAGGCUAAAUCUCCUAUACCAAUAAGUGUAGUAGCUAUAGCAUCACCGUCAUCGAAACCACCACCAAUUCCACCUUUGCCAAAUACAACGGUUGCAAAGAAUUUAACUGGAUUAGAUGUAGUAAAAACAAACAUGCAUCAAUGGGUCGUUUCAAUUGAAGAUCAAAUAAUCGCGGAGAAACUAUUUUUACAAGCUGACAUGGAUAGGGAUGGAUUUGUUUCUGGUUUAGAAAUUAAAGAUGUCUUCUUACAAAGUGGACUUCCACAUCCUGUAUUAGCACAUAUAUGGAGUUUAUGUGAUACUUGUCAAAAUGGAAAAUUGAAUAAGGAACAAUUUGCCUUAGCUAUGUGGUUCAUUAAGCAAAAACUUAAUGGCAUAGACCCUCCAGCAAAUUUAACAUCUGAAAUGAUACCACCUUCUAUGAGAAAAGUUGGAGAAACUAUUGUGGAAAACAAUAAUAUAUCAGGUUAUUCAAAUCCAGAGCUAGAUAUGAUAAGUAAAGACAUAGCAGAACUUGUACGUGAAAGACAAAACAUGGAACAAGAUAUAGCCCAAAAAGAAGCAGAUAUUAAAAUAAAAAAUGGAGAAAUUAAGAGCCUUCAAAGCGAAUUGGACACUCUUGCGGCAACUUUGAAACAGCUCGGAAAUCAAAAGGGUGAGGCGCAGAAGAGAUUAAACGAUUUAAAAGCGCAGAAGACUGAAGUAGAUAGAGAUUUGAGUGAAAUCGAAGAGAAGAUACAGGAAGAACUGAAAAAGGUUGAUAAACUUCGUCAACAAGCUGAAGAACAGGAAUCAGUUUUAAAAAUUCAAGAGGAUGAACUGAAUCUCAAGAGACAAGAACUUGAGGGAUUGCGACAAGAGGAACAGCAAUUGGAACAGCAGCAGAAUAAAAACAGGGACCAACUAAAUGAGCUCACCAAAAAAUUACAAGAUACUCAAUUAGAAAUUUGUCAAGCAAAAGCAAAGAUUACACAUCUGCAAGAGCAACAACGUCAAAUGAGCGAUGUCAUUGCACUUUAUGAUUCCGCCCUUGCCGCGGGAAAUGUUGAUCUUGUACCUGAUACUAGUCUACAAUUUAUACCCGAAAUCGAAGAUAUAGAAUAUGAAACAAAAAAUACCAACGAAACAAAGGAAACGAAAGUGGAUACUUUUUCUGAUGGGAUUGCUACUUUAGAUGAAUUUGAAGAACAAGAUCUUUUUGCAACGAAUAAAGCCAAAGAAGCAUUUAGCACACCGGUAUCUGAUCCAUUUGGAAAUGCAUUCUCUGCGCAGCCAUCUAAUGGUAAUUUUACAACAGAUCCUUUUACCGCUUUUGACAAUACCAAUACAAUAACUAAGCAAGAUCCUUUUGAUCCAUUUGAUAAUGGAAAACAGGACGAAAACAAAACUUCUACAAUUGCGACAUCAAACGCGAAGGAUCCAUUCGGUGAUGAUCCUUUUGCAAAUCUUCAUGCUCCACCGCGUCCUGAAAGCCCUAGUCCUGCUCUUCCACCGAAGAAGGCGAAACAACCACCUCCACGACCUGCUCCACCACGACCAAGUCAAGGUCCUACUGGUCCAUUAAGAGCAGCACCGGCUCCUCCAACGCCUUCACCUACACCGGAUCCAUUUACAAAUGUAAAUUCAGAUCCAUUUAGUGUUCAACAAACGACGAUCGAUAACAAUAAUACUUUCGCAUCUUCGACUGGAUUUGCUGAUUUCACCAAUUUUGAUUCUAAGCCAGAACCAGCGGCUUAUCGGACUGCAUCAUCGAGACUGACAAAUAAAACGCACAUAAUGUCGGGACAACUGAAGCUGUCGGAUUUCACGGAGGAUCCUUUCCGGGACUAUCGUUACGAGGACCUUUUCAAUAUAACGGACCCAUUUGCCGAUGAGACAGAGGACUUGAAUGCGAAUAAGAACAACGGCGCGGACAGAAUGGAAAAUCUUUUUGAUUUCGGGACAACAUCCACUUUCUCGGAUAAAAAUGCUUUAUCGGUUAAAACGUUCGACAACGAUUUCACGAGCACUUUUCCGCACAUUAAAACAAAAGUCGAGAAGAGCAAUAUAAAUAAAUUCAAUGUCGAUUUCGGAAAAGCAUUUUCUGUCGAUAACAAAAACACUAGAGGUAUUGAAACUGACUUUGCCAAAGUCAAGACGAGAACGAUUGAUCUCGAUGAAGCAUUUUCGAUUAAAAACGCAAAAACUAUCACGAAGCAUGAAUCAGAUGUAGUACAGACUUCAAAGUAUAAUACUUGUAACGAUGAGAAGCUAACGAAUAAUUUCGGCAAGAUGUGGAAUGGUAAUAACGUAACUAACUUGUCGGAAGAAGAGCAAUUAGCUUGGGCAGAGAAACAAAGUAUAAAAGCGGAAGAGGAAAGGCUCAAACUUAAAGAAAAGGAAGACGCCGAAUUAGCUCUAGCUAUUGAACUGAGUCGACAAGGGAAAUCAGAAAAUGUUUGAAAUUUAAUCAGUAUGCUAUUUUUUUGUAUUGGUAUCACUCAUAAAAAUUCGUUAAAUUGCAUGAUAAAAUUUUACAUUUCAUAAUAUAUAAAAGUAUUGUUUAAGCUUACAUGUAUUUUCAUCACAUAUAGAAACGAAAUGUAGAAUGCAAGUUAUCAGACAAUAACGUCGGAUACAAACAUUUCAAAAUAUCCAAAAAAAGAAAGAA